AUGCUCGCCGUGGAAGAGUUCCCCGUCCUGCCAAUCGUCAAGGCCCAUUUCAUCUUCAACUGUGUUUUGACUUCGCUUGCGAUAUGCGUUGUUGGCCUUCGAGUGUACACCAGAUUGGCGUACAAGACGGGCCUUGGAUGGGAUGAUGCUCUCAUUCUCAUUUCUGCUCAACCACAGCCUCAAGGAGUAGGCAUGUUGAUAAUCCAAGGUCUUUGGUUGCCAAUGGGUAUCGGAUAUCCCCUGACAGAGGUCGCUGUCAAUAUUGGUGUGAUUCUUAGGCUUCUCGUCGCCUACGAAUUAAUAUACGCAACCUCUAUAAGCUCCAUCAAAUUAUCGGUUCUAUGCUUCUACCUUCGAAUGUUUGUCAACCCGAGAUUGAAGAAAGUCACAAAAUACGUCAUCGCCUUUGUGCUACUGUGGUCCGUCGGCAAUAUCCUCCAAGUGUUCCUGAUUUGUCGCCCGUUUGCCGCAACCUACGACCCAACCGUCCCCGGCACCUGCGGCGACCAAGUCGGCAGCUUCAUCGCCAUUGGCGCUUUCAACAUUAUCACCGAUGUGUUGAUAUUUUUCCUUCCCAUACACACCAUCUGGACCCUUCAGAUGAAGACUAGGGCAAAGAUUGGAGUCAUUGCCAUCUUUCUCAUCGGUAUCUUGACGUCAAUCGUCGGUAUCUGUCGUAUCGUCUCGCUCCUCAAUGUCGAUCUUACAAACAACCUUACCGGGACCAUGAUAUAUGCCGAUUUCCUCUCGACGAUUGAACCCAACCUGGCAAUACUUUGCGUCAGUCUUCCUGUGCUAGGACCACUUUUGAGCUGUCUGAGGUCGCGGAACCGACGCACUGGAUACGAGUCCAACCAGAGGACAGGAGACCGGGGCGAGUCGGGGACCAUGAGUUUCGGAAGACAAAAUAAACAGCACGACAGUUUUAUCAAGUUGCGGGACAUGGGCGGCGAAACCUCGUCGAAUUGCAGUGCGCAGCAUCAGGCCGGAAACUGA